AUGGUUAAAAGUAAAAACAACACGAUGCUAGACAAAGACAACUCGCCAGAGACUCAUCCGCACAAAAGGACAAGAGUGAAUGACGUUGAGAAUACACCAGCGAUUGAAGACAAUGUCGACAGUGGACAAGUCACUAUCAACAAUAGUGUAGCGACAGGAAGUGCCACCAAUAGCACUACUAAGUUAAGUGAAAAUGCAUCAAUGGAUGUGCACACCGAUACUCUACCUACUGCACCAAAACAAGCUUUGGGUGCAAGCCAAGCGACAUUAGCUGUCAAAACUGUGAUCCCUCACCCGACCAAACAAAUAAUAGAUGAUAGUGAAGUAGAGGAAUACAGUGAUGCUUUGAAAUUACGUCUUGAAAAGCUAUCAGAAUACAUGAACCCGAAAGCAAACAUCUAUGCGCUUGGCAAACUCCUUCCAACAGCAACCUGGGGACCCUAUAGGCCAGUCAAUGAUCGCAGCAAGAUAUUGUGUGAUCCUGCUACUGGAGAAUCUCUCACUAUCUGGAUUGUUGGGAGAAUUGCAAAGAUGUGGUUCACAAAGCAAGGACGUCCCGAAAGUCAAGCGUCUAUCACUAUCUUGCCUCUGUCACAGAGUUUGGUGAGGCAAAGCAGCUUAUUACUGGCCAAGUUUUCGAACCCGGCCUUGAGUUUGAAUCAACAGAAGUGGCAGAACACUAAAGCAGGGGAUAUGGUAACUGAACCUAUUCUCUUCGAUGUGAUAUAUGAUGCGAGAGCCGAAGGGUCAUUAAAGACUUACACUGAAAGACCUCUUUGGAACCUCGCCGAUUUAAAGCCUGGAGAUCUCAUACUCUUAGAGAUGAGAAUGACACGCUAUUCAAAGAAGGGUGAGGAUAAAUCACCUACACAAGCAGCUCUGCUACAAGCUAUAAGAGUGAUUACAAACAACAAACAACUCUCUCAUAGAGAAGUAUACAAAGAAGUGAAGGCGCAGAAUCCUUUAUGGUAUAUUAGUCUAAAGCCGUGCCCUACAUCAAAUAUAGAGGCCUUACAACUUAUUGAGGAUCAUCUGUACCCGGGUAUCUAUUUCACCGCCAUGCAACAUGAUGAACGUCUGUACCAUCCCAUACUACUAGAAAUAUUCGGAAAGAAGAAAUGUCCUCGUGGAGACAUAAUUGUUGUUAAGAACGGCUACAAUUUCAUCGCAAAUGCACCUGACUUUGACAUCGAUGUCAAUGAAUUAGGAAGAACACUAUGGUGGUACCUUAAAAGUGGAAGAGAACCUGUCACCGAAGCGAGCGAGAGACGCUUAAUGCAUUACAUAGAUCAAUCUGUGUAA